UCUGGUCUACCACCUCCCGAUAACUUUACUCAAGCAGUUUAUGUGAAAAUACAACGGUGUUUGUUCCAUCAUGAGCUAUCAAGACGAAGAGGAUCCGAUCGACUAUCCGGUGGGAUCUGUUCCCAAAGACCUUGGCUACGGGAACUUUGACCACGAGGACAGCCGCUCUCGAUCACCUGAAGAUAGGCCUCGAAUUCUUCUGAUGGGAUUGCGCAGAUCAGGGAAAACCUCCAUCCAAAAGGUGGUGUUCCACAAAAUGUCACCCAACGAAACAUUAUUUCUAGAGUCAACCAACAAGAUCGUCAAGGAAGACAUCAUCAAUAGCGGAUUUGUGCAAUUUCAAAUCUGGGAUUUUCCAGGACAGAUUGACUUUUUCGAUCCUACCUUUGAGUCGGACAUGAUUUUCGGAAACUGUGGAGCUUUGGUCUUCGUGAUUGAUGCCCAAGACGAUUACAUCGAAGCAUUGGCUAAACUCAACCAAACCGUAACAAAGGCACACAAGGUGAACCCGAGGAUUAAGUUCGAAGUUUUUAUCCACAAAGUGGAUGGAGUGAGCGAUGAUUUUAGAGUGGAGUCACAAAGAGACAUCCAUUCGCGAGCUAACGAUGAUUUGGCCGAUGCUGGGCUGGAGGGAGUCCAUCUAAGCUUCCAUCUGACAUCGAAUUACGAUCAUACCAUUUUCGAGGCAUUCUCCAAAGUUGUGCAGAAGCUUAUUCCGCAGUUGCCAACACUGGAAAACCUUCUCAAUAUUUUCAUCCUGAAUUCUGGAAUUGAAAAAGCGUUUCUGUUUGACGUGGUAUCGAAAAUUUACAUUGCCACCGAUUGCUCCCCGGUAGAUAUGCACAACUAUGAACUCUGCUGUGACAUGAUCGACGUUGUGAUGGAUCUGUCUUGCAUCUAUGGCUCCAAAGAUGAUCCCGAUGUUGCUGCCUUUGACAAGAAGAGUGCCAGCCUGAUUAAAAUGAACAACAGUACGGUGCUGUAUCUGCGGGAAGUGAACUCAUUUCUAGCGCUCGUGUGCAUCAUUCGGGAAGAGAACUUUUCCCACCAAGGCGCGAUCGAUUAUAACUUUUUGUGCUUCCGAGAUGCUAUCGCGCAAGUUUUCGAACUCGGACGUAUCUGACGGGCAGUGCGAUUUGCAAGCAGACAAUGCUGUUUAAUACUGCAUGGUUGUUUCCGAAAUUACAUUUGUCAAA